ACUUCCUCUUUAUGUCCUCCGUGAACUUGCGCGCGUGUGUGGACCAAAUCUCACACGUCUUAUUUUUUUUACACUGUUAACUCGUUUUGUGGGAUGACAAGUUAACACAUUCAUUUGAAAAAAGUUUGAAUUUCAUAGUCAUAUUGACAGAUUUCAUUAUUAACUUCAGUUUCUGUUGGAGUUGAAGUGAUGGGAACGGUAGUUGACGACUUCAGACAACUAUUAAAAGACUGUGAACUGUUUGUCUUUGAUAUACUUCAGGACGAGGAACUCAGUGAUGCUGCUUCUAAAUCCAGGGAAAUUCUCAUACGAAAUUUUAAUGUCAUCCAGAGAAGACAUCCACAAGAAUUUCCCCACAUUGAAGCCAGUCAUGAGGAUAGUUCGGAUGACAACCGGAGCUCCAGUCUGGGACGUUCUGCUCCCUCGGAUGAUAUGUCUGUGGCCUCCGACUACCAGGAUGAAGGCGCCUCCGAGCUUUUCGAGGACAUCCCUUUGGUGGCUGCACAGGACUUAAGCAACAUCCUAAAGCAAGGUUACCUGGAGAAGAAACGGCGUGAUCAUAGUUUCUUCGGCAUGGAAUGGCAGAAGCGCUGGUGUGUACUGAACAACACCAUAUUUUAUUACUUUGGGAGUGAGAAAGAUAAGCAGCAGAAGGGUUCGUUUAAUAUCAAUGGCUACAGUGCAGAUCUGGUACCCGGCAUACGCAAGGACUCCAGGAAGAAUUCGUGCUUUGAGCUGAGUUCUCCCGGAAGACGUUCAUACCAGUUCACUGCCAGCAGUCCCCGUGAAGCCCGGGAAUGGGUGGACCAGAUCAAUUUUGUUCUAAAAGAUCUGAGCUCUAAUUUCAUCCCCUUUGACGAAGAAGAAGUGGAAGAAGAGGAAGAAACAUAUGAUGAUAUUGAACGAGCCACGACACCACCACCAGCACCUGCAUCAGUUCCAACACCAAGUCGGAGACAACCGCUCCAGGACAAAAACUCCCAUGAGGAAUGGGAGGACCAAGCAGGAGCCCAGGAGGAUGAGGAAGAAGAGGAAGAUGAUAUUUAUGAGGUUCUUCCAGAAGAUGAAAUUGCUGACAUCAUUGAAGAGAGCAGUGCCAAAGAUGCAAUCCCAGAUUAUGCAAAUUAUUACCAAGGUCUGUGGGAUUGUGAAGCAGAGGGACCAGAUGAGUUGGCCUUUCAAAGAGGAGACCUCAUCUACAUCCUCAGCAAGGAAUAUAACAUUCAUGGAUGGUGGGUCGGGGAGCUGGAUGGUGAUAUUGGCAUUGUCCCAAAAGAAUUUUUACAUCCUGCUUAUAUCCUGUGAGGUCCAUAGGAUAAUUGUGUAAUAUAUGGAAUUUCGACAUGUGCAACAUUUAUGUUUUGGAAUAAGUUCUGUGUUUUUUCUAAAGUCUUUGAGUAGAUAUGAAUUGUAAAUUUAGUUUUAUUACCUAGAAGCAUACAUAAAACAGUAAUACCUGAGAUUAUCUCUUGGUAACUUGGUUAAUGUACACUAAUGGGCUUAACAAAAGCCUUCUGUUUUAUAUUAAUAUCAGUUUUAUGAUCUGCUUAAAUAUAAGCAACCUUUAUUCAAUUGAAGCAUGUAUAAAACACCAUUCAAAACAACCCCUUUAAUUCAUUUAGCAGUAGUUUGCUACCAGGUCAUAUUUUAGCAGCUCAAAACAUUAUAAUUUCAUGCAAUUUAAAGGGUACCAUACUGUCUUAAGAGCCCUCUACUGGUUGUUUUUAGUUAUUUUACAGUAUACCAACGUUCAUGUUUUUGCAAUAAUUUACUUGGGUAUUUCUACACCAAAUUUCCCAUUUGUUAAAUGAACACUGCUUGGUGUGUUUAUAUAUAUAUAUCCACCCAGAGUAACACUGAAUAGGUGUUGAAGUUUAUUAUGUGUCAUGAUUAUGUUUAUAUGAAGAAUGCAAAAAAUGAUUCAGUGUUCAUUUUUUAUCUAUAUCUAAACACCAAGCAGUGUUCAUUUAACAAAUGGGAAAUUUGGUGUAGAAAUACCCAAGUUUAUAUACACACCAAGCAGUGUUAAUUUAACACUGGAGAUUUUGCUGUGAAUGAAUGCUGAGGACAUCACAGUAAAAAUGUAACCUGUCGAACUAUAGUAAAAUUAAAAAGGUUAAUCAAGGCUGCAUAACAAGUGUAUUGUGUCCUGUGUGACGUUUAACAUGCAUGUAUUCAUUCACAUACUGCAUUGUGGCAAAUUCUUAAUUAACAUAAACGUGAACCUGGAACACAAAACUAUUUUUGAAAUUGAGAUUUACACAUGAUCUGCAAGCUGUAUAUAUAUAUGUUUUUAGGAUAGACAAUAUUUGGCUGAGAUGCAUCUAUUUGAAAAUCUUGGGGGGGGGGGGUGCAAAAAAAAAAAUCUAAAUGAUCUUUACUUUGUUUCUUCUCAUUAAGGCAUUAAAAAUAUUGAU